AGCCGCCCACCCACUCGCCGCGGCCGGCUCCCCCUUCCCUUCUUCCUCACAUCGCAUUCCAUUCCCACAGAAUCCAUUCCACCAUUCUUUUCUCCUUCCCUUCCACUCUUUCUCCUCGAGUCCAUUCCAAAUUCUUCUUCCUUGGUCCAACUCCCAACCUCCUCUCCCCCACAGUCCCAUAGUUCACAUCACCUUUGCCUUUGCUUGCCGACCCGCCCUUCAGCUCAAGGAGGAAGAAGCCGAGCACUCCACGGAACCUCCCAGCUCAAGCCGAGAGAUUCCAAGAACCUGAGGGAGGGAUCCGUGGAGUGAAGCCAAGACAUCCAUCCAGGGAGAGCAAAGAAGGAGGAGUGGUAGUACUAGCUGCAGCAGCAGCCAUGGUGAGGAGCAAAGAGGUGCCCAAGAAGCCCAAGGACCCGCUCCUCACCCCUCCCCCCAAGCCCAGGGGCUUCAGCACCUUCAGGGACGCCGGCGGCGGCCUCGGCGGGAGCCUGCCGAGGAACCGCGGCGGCGCGGCCAUGACGUCCCCGGCGCCGGCCUCCGUGCCCAACUACAUGCGCGGCACCAGCAGCUCCGGCGCCAAGGCCGGCCAGCACCAUCGCCAGCGCGGGUCGGCGUCGGCGUCCGCGUCCACGCCGACGAGGCAGCGUUAUAGGCCGGUGCGGGUGACGCCGAGGGGCAAGGUGCUGUUCCCGGCGCCCGCCGCGGCGGCGUCGCCCGGCAUGGUCCGCCCCACCUGCUCGUCCACCCUGAAGGACGCCAAGUUCCCCCUCGCGCUCGGCCUGGCGCCCGGGGCCACCGACGCCGAGGGCCCCGCCGCCAUGCGGGUCUGCCCCUACACCUACUGCUCCCUCAACGGCCACGCCCACGCGCCCGCCGUGCCGCUCCGGAGCUUCCUCGCCACGCGACGCCGGCUCAUCAAGACGCAGCAGAGCAUGAAGCACAAGGGCGUAUCAGCGUUCCGCAGGGGCACCACCGGCCAGCGGAGACCGGACGACGUCGUCUGCGCCGGCGCUCCCGCGAAGGUCGCGCCGCCGUUGGUCGACCAGGACGCCCUCGGCGACUUCUUCGUGGAGGUGUACACCGGCCCCAGGGUCAGCUCCGGCACCAGCUGCAGCGACAUGUCCUUGGACGAGAUGGACGCCACGGUCAGGCGGAUGGAGUUCGUUGUAUUCGACCGUUGCGGCGCCGACGACGACCUCGACAAAAGUAACGAUCUUGCUGUUCACGGUGACGGUGACGGCGAGGACAGACCUGGUGUCUGCAGGGACAGUUCGUCGGAGUGCAGCGAUCCAGGCAUCUCCGGCAAUCUCGUGGAGGAGCUGCCGUGGAUGAGGUACCAGGGGUACGAGUGUGAUAGCCUGGAUGACGAUGUUUCAGAGGAGCAGAUUGGGGAAGCAGAGGCUCUUGCCCAGCAUCAGGAAGGUGAAGAUGAAGAGGCCAAAUCCUGCGGAUCGGGCGAUGAGCGCGAAGAGGAGGCCAUCGAAGAACAGGAACCAGAAGAUGAGGAGAUCAUCUCAGAUUUGCCCUGUCAAACAGGGAUCAUCGCCGAUGAAGAAGGCGUCGAUUGCAGAUUGGACACAGUGAAUCAACAUGAGGCUUCCACAGCAGAAGACACACAAGAUCCAGGAGACGAUGAGGAGUGCGUCUCGGAUGGUGGCCACGGAAUGGAGAUCGCCGCGGAGCGAACAUGUGCUGUUUCUACGGCGGAGGUCUGCAGGGAGCAGGAAGAAGACGAAGACAUCAUGCUGGGCAAAGUGUGUCGAGGGGAUACUUCUGAUGGACAGGGCACAUCGGAAGAGGCGCUCUCGGUAUCGGAAAUUCCUAUGUCUGAAGUAAUGGAGAAUGUCCUGGAAGACAGAUGCAAAGAGGAGAAUUCAGCAGAUCAAGAGGCAGAGGAUGACGAGACCAGCAUGGAUUCUGCCAACGAAUCAGAAAUCAGCGAGAAGCAGAAGGAUGCCGAGUCUGAAAUGGAGAUUUCCGAGACUGUCCCCGAUGUUGCAUGCCAAGAGGAUUUCUGCCAGCAAGAAUCAACCUCCGGAGCUGUUGCAGAAGUGUGUCAAGGGGAUACUUCUGAUGGACAGGGCACAUCAGAGGAGAAGCUCUCGGCAUCGGAAAUUCCUAAGGCAGAAGUUACAGAAAGGGUGAAGAAUGUCCUGGAAGACAGCUGCAAAGAGGAGAAUUCAGCAGAUCAAGAGGCAGAGGAUGACGAGACCAACAUAGAUUCUGCGCUCCUAUUCGAAAUCGCCGAGAAGGAGAAGGAUGAUGAUGAGUCUGAAAUCGAGAUUUCUGAGACUGUCCCCGAUGUUGCAUGCAAAGAGGAUUUCUGUGAGCAAGAAGCAACCUCCGGAGCUGUUUCAGAAGGUGAAGUUUCUGACUCCAAUGCUAUUGCUUCUCCAGAUGUUGAAAUCUCGAAUCAGCCAACAGAUGGUGGCUUUGAACAAGAUGCGACCACUGUAGAAGAUGCAUUUGAGCAACUUGAUACUACUGCAGAGAAUACUGUGAGUGGCACAGAAGAUGCUCAAAGGGGAUUGGAGAUUACCACAUGCAAAUCUGAAGAUGUUUCUGCGGAAUCUGGUAUAACCCAAGAAAGCAGCCAGGUCGUUUACUCUGUAUGUGUUGAUGCCCCUGCUAAAAUGCAACCGGAGAUUACAGAGCACGGGCCGGAAGACUCUUCUGAAGAAUCUAGUAUUCCCCAAGAAAGUAGCCAAAGUAAUAUGGUUGCUCAUGUUGAUAAUGAUGCUCAAAUUGAAGUAUCUGCCGAUGCCACUGCUCAGGUGGAACCAGAGAUUACACAGUGCAAGCUGGAAGAGCCUUCUGAAGAGUCUGGUAUUUCUAAAGAAAGUAGCCAAAGUAGUAAGUCUGCUCUUGUUAAUAAUGUUGUUGAAACAGAACCGGAAUUUACAACAUGUAAGUUGGAAGAUCCUCGCGAAGAAUCUGGCAUCCUUCAAGAAGUUGUUCAGGAUCGCAACUCUGCAUAUCUUGGUGAGGGUGCUCAAAUGCAACUGGGAAAUGUCACAAACGAGUUUGAUGCCACCUCUGAAGAAUGUGGUAUUGCUCAGGAAAUUGGUGAAGAUGAUAACUCUGUCAGUGAUGAUGCUCAAAAUGGUUCCGAGCUAACAAUGUGUGAGCUGGAUGACGCUUCUGAAUCUGUUGCGGUCCAGGAGAUUGAUCAGGAUCACAACUGUGCAGAUGUGAUUAGCGGUGCUCUAAUUGAAUCUGAGCUUAUUACCCCAUCUCAACUGGCAAAUGCGGAAUCUGAUGCUACCCAAGAAGUUGUUCCAGAUGACAACAAUGCAGAUGUCAAUGAUGGUCCCGAGAGAGAAUGGGAAACAAUGGCAUGUGAACCAGAACAUGCUCACGAAGAACUGGAUAUUAUUCAAGAAGGUGAUAAAGAUGGUUGCGCUGCUGGUGUCUGUGCUGGUGCUCUGAAGGAAACACAGACAAGCAACAUAAAAGAUGCUUGUGAAGAAGUUUGUGUUACCGAAGAAGCUAAUCUCUCGCACGCUGAGCACAACUAUGACCCCUCCGCUGCUGACAGCAUUGGGGCACCUCAGAGCCUACCAGCAGAAGACGAUGAUGCAAAAGAGUUUUCUGUUGAUGACAUGUGCAACGUUUUCAGCGGGAUGAACCUCAAAGGAGAUGUAUAUGUUGAUCCUACCGAGUCUGAGAUUAGCCCGAGAAAGAGAUUGAUCAUUGCUGGGAGGAGGAGAACACCUGAAGAAGAGGAGCACAUGCGAGGUUUCAAUCCAAGGGGACCUAAUUUUCUUCCUUUGGAAUUGGACCCGGACUCAGAGAAGGUUGAUCUGAAGCAUCAGACAGCCGAAGACCGUAAGAACGCUGAAGAGUGGAUGAUCGAUUAUGCACUUCGGAGGGCGGUGAAUAAUCUAGGCGCUCGGAAGAAGAAAGUGGAGCUUCUGGUCCAGGCAUUUGAGACGGUCCUACCGCAUGACGAGGAUGAGAAGAAGAGCACGCCCACAAGGGCUGUCCAGGCUUGCAACUGAUAAUAGUUCUAGUAGAGUUAGUAGUUGGACUAAUCAUGAUAUUGACGACUCGCGAGCUACUAACUCGGUGGUCGCUGCAAUAUUAGUGCCAGAGACCUGCUCCAAGCCUCCAAGUUGGACGAGAAUAACUACUUACUAGUUCACCAGAGAUCGAUCACUAGAGAUCUCUGGUUAAGGUGGAGCUCAGUACUUCGUCUCCACAUGGAGAGGGUAAAACUAGUACCGACUGAUGAAGAGUUUCCUAUCUAGUUGGUGAGCUGCAAAGGAGUAGCUCAACAACCAAGCCGUGUAUAUACGUCUCAUAGCCCUAAUGUUUGGUAUUUGUACUGAUGUUUGUGACUUGUGUAAAAUGUCGAAGGGAUCAUGAGGUGCUGCACCUGUAUGGCCUUGACAGAGAUCAAUAAAACUCUUCUCGAGUUGCAUGCUUGCGGCGAGAAAGAUAAUCAUAUGUAUGUAUAGUAGUACCUGUGUAGUUGAGUUAUGUGCAAAUAAUAAGACUCACACAGUGUCCCUGUGAAUGCACAUCA